CGAGCGCCAAGGCGGCGGGCGGGCUGCGCAGAAUGAGCGGCGCGCAAGCAGGCGGGAGCGCAGGUCCGCUGGGCGCUCGUUCGGCGGCGCUGCGCGGCGGGCGGAGUCCUUUUCUGCAGCAGCGGCGCUCUUAGGCUCGGCUGGCCGGGCACCGCCUUCGCCUGGGCAGCAGCUCUCCGGCGCAUAUGGCGCUUCCCGGCGCGCCGCGGAGGAGCCCACCGAAGCAGGGCGCGAUGCCGGGCGCGGAGCCUCGCUGAGUCCCCCGCGCAGCGCCCCGGGAGAGGCAGGAAAAGGAGCGAGCCAGCCCCGGGAUGAGCGCCUCGGCUGCCACGGGCGUCUUCGUGUUGUCCCUCUCGGCCAUUCCCGUCACUUACCUCUUCAACGCCUUGGCUGCCAGCGGCGGCUCCUGGGUCACUGUUGCAGUUGGAUUGUUGAUUCUGUUCUUAGUGGGUCUAGCAGCCCGAUUCCUGGUGAAAAGAAAACCGCCCCGAGACCCACUGUUCUAUGUCUAUGCCGUGUUUGCUUUCACCAGCAUCGUGAACUUGAUCAUUGGGCUUGAGCACGACGGAAUCAUCGAUGGAUUCAUGACCCAUUACUUGAAAGAGGGGGAACCUUAUCUGAACACGGCCUACGGCCACGUGAUCUGCUAUUGGGAUGGCUCUGUUCAUUAUCUGAUGUAUCUCUUGAUGGUGGCAGCUAUUGCAUGGGAGGAAAGUUAUCGGACUAUUGGCUUAUAUUGGCUGGGGUCCAUCAUGAUGAGUGUCAUUGUCUUUGUGCCUGGAAACAUUGUGGGCAAGUUUGGAACCAAAAUUUGCCCUGCAUCUUUAUUAAGUAUCCCAUUUAUCUGUCUCCCAAUAUGGGCUGGUUUCAAAAUCUAUAAUCAGCCUCCCGUGAUUGGUGACUGUCCAGCCAAGGUGAUUCGGGAAGUUCAGCAGAAGAGACUUCUGAGAAGACCUCUAGAUUUCCUGUUGGCUGUAUAUUUCAUCUUUGCAACUGGAUUUGGCCUUUUUAGGGGCCUGGUUGCCUUGGAUUGCCCGGCCUAACUUU